AUGGCAAUCGGGACCUUCAGCUACUCCGCCCUCUCAUCCCACCAACCACCUCCGACCUCCGAACCUCCGUCCCUCCUUCAUGACGCCGCGGCGAUGAGCCAAGAUGCCCCCGAUGACCUCCGCUACGUGCGAUACGACAGCGCUCGCGAAAAUGAAUACGUCGCCGCCAUGCGCCAGCUGAUCUCCAAGGAUCUGUCCGAGCCCUACAGCAUUUACGUCUACCGCUACUUCCUGUACCAAUGGGGCGACCUCUGCUUCCUGGCGAUGGACAACAAGGAUGAGAUGGUCGGUGUGGUCGUGUCAAAACUUGAGCCGCAUCGCAAUGGCCCUCUGAGGGGGUAUAUUGCCAUGCUGGCUGUGAGCGAGGGGUACCGGGGCCGCGGAAUUGCCACGAAGCUUGUGCGCAUGGCAAUUGAUGCCAUGAUUGAGCGCGACGCAGACGAAAUCGUUCUCGAAACCGAGAUGACCAACACCGCCGCGAUGAAACUCUACGAGCGACUCGGCUUCCUCCGCAGCAAGCGACUCCACCGAUACUAUUUGAAUGGCAACUCAGCCUACCGCCUUGUCCUCUAUCUGAAAGAAGGCACUGGCUCGAUUCGAACUACUUUUGAUUCUUAUCCUCCACUUUAUCCGGCACCCCCUCCUCCUGUUGUGACCGUUACACAAGUCAAUGGGAGUAGCUGA